AUGGCCUCCUCCUCUUUCGUCAUCUUCCUCCUCUUGGCGCUCUUUGCCAUUGCCACCACCACUGCCUCCCCCAAUCCCAAUGGCUACAUGCAUCUGCGCUUCUACAACCAUGAGAGGAUCCUCGGCUCAGGCCCCGACGCCACCGUCGUCUACGCAGUGGAGCGCACCAGCUCCACCUCCGGCGCCGGAUUCGGCAACGUCAUCGUCUACGACAACCUUCUCCGAGCCGGGGUCGAGCCCGACUCACCUAUUAUCGGUCGGAAUCAGGGCAUGGGAGUCGGGUCGAGCUUGGCAGAGAACUCCGGCCUCACCAACUUCCAGCUGGUUUUCACCGCUGGCAAGUACAACGGCAGCUCCCUCGCCCUGCAGGGGAUGUUCCCGGUGGCCCCGCUGGGGACGGUGUUCGAACGGGCAAUCACCGGUGGCACCGGAAAGUUCCGGCUCGCUAGAGGCUACCUCUUGACCACGGAAUCAACAUCAAACACCGAUUCCCUCAUCAGGCCAGAGCAAUUCAUCUGGUUACAAAAGCAAGGCAAUCAAAGACUGCAAAAUUUGAUAGCAGCAAAGACCAAGAAGCUGCUGCUAGAUCUUCUGACUGCCAUCAGUAUAUGCUCAGAUGCUAUGAGACUACAGGUUCAAAUGGAGAGUAUAGGUUUAACAGGCUGA